AUGCCUCGCGAGUCCCCCGCUGGUUUGUCUCGUCAGUUGCUGUCGUCGCCGGUCGCGCAGGACUCUCCGGCGCACGGCGCGGCUCUCCCGUCUCUGAAUGCGCUGCAGGUGGUUCGGUUCCACCCCGUGGUUCACGACGCGGAUCUGUUCAGUCCAUCUGAGGAGGAGGCCUUCUCGCCGCUGUUUUGCCACCAUUUCUUCAAAGAGAGCGAGAGCGUCUCGGGCUUCGACGAACUCGCCAUCGACAUCUUUUUCGCGCCCGACACCUUCGACGCGUACAUCUGCGUCAAGGGCGUGAUCUCCCCGAAAGCACGAGACCCGUCCGCAGUCCACAGCGCACUCCGGCGGGAUCUCUUCGAGUCGGUGCGCUUCCCAGGCGGCCUCGCAACCUCCGCGGAAGACUUCCUCGCGAGCGUCAAGAAGAACCGCGCUCUGUUCUCGCCGCCGGGACGCGUCGUCGCCGAGCGGCUCCUGAGCACGCGGCGCGUCGCGAACCGCGAAACGCGCGAGCGGAAAACGCCUGCGAGAACUGAACGCGAUGCGGCGCCCGCGACCGAAGAGGCGGACGCGAACUCGGAAGUCGAGGAGGCGGUAAAGCUGCAGCUGCGCGAGUGUUCGUUCGACGUCGAAGAGGCGGACCCCUUCUUGCUUCUCCAUCGCCGAGUCGAGUGGUUUCUUCACUGGUUUAUCGAGAGCGCGAGCGCCAUCCACACCGACAGCCAGUGGCGCGUGAUUCUUCCCUACUUGGUGACGGAACGGCGGCGGGCCCGGGCACCCGAGACCCGCCCUCAGGACGGCGCGGAGGUCGGCGCCGAGAGGAAAAAGACAAAGUCGCCGCGGGAAAAACGCCUGGGAAGAAAACCCGAGGAGACCGACGACUCGCGCAGAGACCCGCAGCCACACCACCUCCACGUCGGCCUCUCUCAGAAAGCCGGCGAAAAAUGCGCAGAAGUCGCGCAGAGGUUUGAGAAGCACUGGGCGGCGGAACACGCUGCGCGCUCCCAGCCUCAAGGCGGCGGCGCGAGCGGGGGGGUGGGGCCGGACGAGAGAGACGAGGAGAAAAGUUCAAGGAGACGGGCGUCCACGAGCGAGGCGGGCGACGGCGCAAAGAAACAGAAAGUGUGCGCCGGGGCCCUCGCGGAGACCCGCGAAGACGGCUUCAGCGUCCUGCCGGUCUUCGCAGUGUAUGGACAGCCGGAGUCGGCCGGGGAGUUGAAACGGGAGAACUGCACCAACGGGGCGCGGAAAGAAGGGCAUGCGCAAGGGUGUCCGCGAAAGGCGAAGGCAGGCGAGGACGGAGAAGAGUUGCAUGCGGAGAAGAGAGAGGAGGCGCCGGCGCGCACGAAGAAGGAAGUCCGAGCUGAACCUGUGCGCUACCACCUCGCGGGGAUCGCCACUACGUACACCUUCUACGCAGUCACAGGCUUCAGGAGGCGAAUCAGUCAGUUCAUGGUGUUUCCCCACGUUCAGCGACAAGUGGAAGAUCCCGCGUCGUCGUUCUCGCAACUCCGCGACGUCGCCUCUCUCAAGUUGUUGAUAGAUCUGGGCGUGCUGCCCCGUGCGCUCCUUUAUCCGCCUGCGGCCGAGGAAACCCAGGAGGAAGAGGAGAGAAGAAAGAUGCUCAUUUGCCCCCAACGACUCACGAAGCUCGUCAAGGAAACGACGAAGCAGGCCACGAGAAUGUCGGAGAUCCUCCAACUGGGCCAGCAGCUACCCCACCCUCUCCCGCCCCCACCUCUCGACUCCGAGGACCUCGAACACCGCCGAGACUGGCGACGGGCUCUCCACAAUGCUCCGCAAGACGCGUCCUCUUCUGCGUCUUCGCCGCGCUCUGCGAAUCUCAGCCGCCCAGGGGGAGCACGAGAAGGAGAAGCGAAGCCCGAGGAGAAGUCUGGCUUUCUGCCCUGUCCAGGCGCCUCGCCUGCGGGCUCCGGGAAGAAAGGAGGGGAGGCGCAGAGUCGCGCAGGGGAAGACGACUGUUGCAAAGAAAUCCGCGUAAAAGUGAAGCGCCGACUCAAGAGAGAAAAUCUGCACUGGCUAGUCGACAUCCCCGUCGCCCAACAGAAGGCGGAACUGCAGCAGCUCUGGCUCCAGCUGUACGUGAAGUAUUACCGGUAA